AUGAAAAAGAUGUUUUGCAACCAAUGCGAACAAACGGCCCGAGGUACUGGAUGUACUGUAUGUGGUGUCUGUAGUAAAGAAGCAGUUGUAGCCAACACCAUGAAUGUAUUAAUCUACACUCUUCGCCAGAACGCACUAGUAGCUUUAAAAGCUCGAGAGGAAGGUAUCAUCGAUGAUAGCUAUGACAUUCUCACAUCAAAUCUUCUUUUUUCCACUUUAACGAAUGUGAACUUCGAUGAAAAGCGUCUAGUCGAAUACACGAAAGAGGCAAUAGAAGCUCGUAAGAACUUAAUAUCCAAAAUGAAGCCACAAGCAUCACGAAAUGAAUUAGAGUCUGCUAGGGAGAUCGAAGACUGUGAAAAGUACAUCAAAGAGAAUUUGGACAAGAAGCACCCCAAUCAACUGAAUGACGACAAAGACAUUCAAAGUUUGAUGCAAGCGAUUUUAUUUGGGUUAAAGGGAGUCUGUGCGUAUAUCUCACACGCCUAUUUAUUAGGCGAGAAGAACACUGAAAUCAACACUUUCAUACACCAAGCCUUGGCCGCUGGCUUUGAUAACAAAGAACGUGACUUAAAAGCUUGGAUUGACUUGGUGAAAGAGACUGGAAAAUGGAAUUUCGAGACUUUAAAAUUGUUAGAUAAAGCCAAUUGCACUUUAGGCAAUCCAACACCAACUUCCGUCUCAUUAGAAAGGUAA